AUGAUAAAAGAAGUCCCGAGAUAUCGCAGUGGGAUUUUUUGCAGAGAAAAUGCAGAGCUGAGGAUUAUGUCUGGGACUUCACUGAGUGGUAAUGGUAAAAUAGUGUUUUGUUCAGGGAAUUUUGCGUUAAUGACUGCUUUGAUCAGCGAGCUCACGUAUGCUGAGACUGCAUUUUAUGUAGGUAAAUAUUCAUUUGGAGCUUUAGCAAUAUCUCCAAUUUAUUUUUUCACAAACGAAAUCAUCACAACUCAAUUAAAAAACAUUGGAAUUAACAAUUUUUAUAUAUCUCAUACAAUUUCAGCAGGGCUUUGCAUGCCAUUAUUUGGAGCUUUUCAAUGUAUCUAUAAUAAUAAAAAUCCUUACUAUUUCAGUCUCAAUAAAAAUUUAUUUUAUAUUGAAAAAAUAAUUUUAUUUCUCUAUUAAUAUUGAUAAAAUUCAUUUAAAACUGCAUAAAAUCUAAUUAGACUAUAUUCGAAAGUUGAAUUUUGCAGAAUCUAAGAGUUUAUCUUACCGAUACAUAGGCACUUUAUGCUGCGGAGCUUUAAUUUUUGAUGCGAUUUUAUCUACAACCAAGCAUCUUGCGCUUGGGAAUAUAAGUUUUGACAAGAUUUCCUCAUUUUUUAGCAGAGCCAAAACAAAUUAA